CAAAAUGUUACUUGUGUAUUAUCAAAAAGAAACUAAUUAUUGCUAAAAAUGCUUAUUACAUAGCUUUGAUUUGUAUGGUAUACAAGUAUCUAUCUAGCUGAAUGCUGAUCAUUUCUAUACUAUGAUAGAACAAAAAACAGGGGUACAAUAUCAUAGAAUUUCAAAAAAAAUCCAAAUUUCUUCCAUGCUUUGCGAUUAGUUAUACUUUCCUAGAUGCAAUGCCGAGGAAUGUAUGAGAGGGAAGUGUGAUUUAAUAUGUUUGAAUAAUUUAGUUUGGUUGAUAUUUUAUAGGAAAUCUGCUAAGGGAAUCAGUAUGAAUGCAGAACAUACCUCAGCAUCUGCUCAAGACCUUAGAAUGUUCGAGAUGGAAAGGGAGAAACAUGAUGAUGGUUCUCCAGGAGGAGUUAUGGAAGUGGGCAUCAGAAACACAGAGAAUGGUUCCAUUUCUCCUACAGACAAACCUUCAGGUUCUCGAACCAGGUUGUCAAAUCCACGAACGUCUUCUCGCUGGCAUAAGUUCUUCAAGAUGUGGAAGAGAAGUUCUGUCAAGAGAUUACCUUCUUUUCCACCGUUAGCUGUGCCAACUAUGUCGACAAGGAAAAGCCGAAGUGCGAGGGAGAAUGUGGCAGCGGGAAUCUACCACUUCACAUCAUCCUGGAAGAACUUCAGCCUAUCUGAACUGAAAAGCGCAACCAACAAUUUUAGCAAAGAUAACUUGAUUGGCAAAGGAGGGUAUGCUGAAGUUUACAAGGGUUGUUUACCUGAUGGUCAGCUUAUCGCGGUUAAGUGCCUCAAUAAGGGUACAGAAGCGCAGCAGGAACAAAGUUUCCUAUGUGAAAUAGGUACUAUAGCACACGUGGACCAUCCUAAUACUGCAAGGAUGGUUGGUUAUGGAGUGGAAGGAGGGACAUACCUAGUUCUUCAGUUAUCUUCUCAAGGGAGCUUAGGAUCAUUUCUUCGUGGCUCAAGAGAAAAACUAGAUUGGGCUGCCAGGUACAAAAUAAUAUUUGGAAUAGCAAAUGGCCUAAUGUACCUUCACGAGAAUUGCCAAAGGCGGAUUAUACACAGAGAUAUUAAAGCUGAUAAUAUUCUACUUACGGAGGAUUUUGUGCCUCAGAUUUGUGACUUUGGCCUUGCAAAGUGGCUUCCUAAAGAGUGGACACAUCAUAAUGUGGGCAAGUUUGAAGGCACAUUUGGUUAUUUUGCUCCGGAGUAUUUUAUGCAUGGCACAGUGGAUGAGAAAACUGAUGUAUUUUCAUUUGGUGUGCUGCUAUUGGAGAUAAUAACUGGAAGGCAAGCACUAGAUGAUUCACAGCAGAGCCUUGUGAUUUGGGCAAAGCCUUUACUCCAUAAGCACAAUGUCAAAGAACUAAUUGAUCCUGUUCUUGGUGAUAACUACAAUCCAAAAGAGAUGAACCGCGUUAUAAUAACUGCUGGCUUAUGUGUAGAACAGAAUCCACUUAUGCGGCCUAGAAUGAAUCAGGCUAUCGUCCUAAUGAAGACUGAAGACGACUGCUACAAACAUAACUUCCAGCGAAAGAGGACAUAUUCAGAAGAACUCUUGGAUGCAGCUGAGUACAACUCAACGAAAUGCCUGAAUGAUUUUAAACAGCUUAAUCUAAGAAGUUCAGUUUCUGAUAACAACAUGAAGACCUCAGCAGCCUAGCUAGAAUUGGUAACUUAGUUACAGCUUAGAGAAAAUUUUUUUAUUAAUACUCAUAUAUAUGUACUUUCAAAUAAUGAUCUCUGUUUUUUGUAUGGAAUUUUGAGGAAAUAGGUAGAAAGGGCUUCACUCUUUCAAAUGUCAUGGGAAACAUAGUGAAGUGAGUAAACUCUCAUUAGGUAAUGCUUGUAUAUAUUAGACAUAUGGAAACUAUAUUGUAAGUUAAAUGGUUCAAUGUGUGUAUUUAUUCUUUAAA